AUGACCACCCAAGCUUCCGCCUUUUCUCUCGCCGUUCCCUCCGUCCCAACCCCUUUCCGCCGCCACCGCAAUCCCCUCGUCGUUCGAGCCCGAGUGGAACCUUCUGAUAAAUCCGUUGAAAUUAUGAGGAAGUUCUCAGAACAAUACGCUCGUAAGUCAGGAACAUACUUCUGUGUUGACAAGGGAGUCACUUCAGUUGUCAUCAAGGGGUUGGCUGACCAUAAAGAUUCAUUGGGUGCACCACUGUGCCCUUGCCGGCAUUAUGACGAUAAAGCUGCUGAGGCGGCACAAGGAUUUUGGAAUUGCCCUUGUGUUCCCAUGAGAGAGAGGAAGGAAUGCCACUGCAUGCUAUUUCUCACUCCUGAUAACGAUUUUGCCGGAGACGAACAGACUAUCACCUUGGACGAAAUUAAAGAAGCAACAGCUAGUAUGUAA